AGCAGAACUCUUCGACUCUUCCAUUUGGUUCGACCAUUUUCCCUCGAUGAGCUCACUCGCUGGAGCCCUAAUCUGAGAAUUGUUCCAGAGAUCUGAUAACUGUUUGCGAGGAUAUUCGGAAUGGGCGACGACAACCCACCUCCUGGCAAAGAAAAAGCAGAACAAAAUGUUGAAGUAAACACAUUAGUUGGGGACGAUGCUGCAAUGGAAUCUAUAGCUCGAAGAUUCCAGGACUCUAUCUCAGUGGAAAAACCACACAAGUUCUGGGAAACUCAACCUGUUGGGCAGUUCAAAGACAUCGGGGACACGAGUCUACCUGAAGGCCCAAUCGAGGCUGCAACACCGUUGUCUGAGGUCAAGCAGGAGCCUUACAACCUUCCUGCUGCUUACGAAUGGACCACAUGUGACAUGAAGUCUGAUUACGUAUGCUCAGAAGUUUACAACCUUCUAAGGAACAACUAUGUCGAGGAUGAUGAGAACAUGUUCAGGUUCAAUUAUUCAAAGGAGUUUCUUACUUGGGCUCUGCGUCCACCUGGCUACUACCCUAGCUGGCAUAUAGGAGUUCGUGCCAAGACUUCGAAGAAGCUUGUUGCUUUCAUCAGCGGCGUGCCGGCUAGAAUCAGGGUGCGUGACGAUGUUGUGAAAAUGGCUGAGAUCAAUUUCUUAUGCGUUCACAAGAAGCUCAGGUCUAAGAGGCUUGCACCUGUCAUGAUCAAGGAGGUUACGAGGAGGGUUCACUUGGAGAAUAUUUGGCAAGCGGCCUAUACUGCAGGUGUUGUGCUUCCGACACCAGUUGCGACCUGCCAAUAUUGGCACAGGACCUUGAACCCGAAGAAGCUCAUUGAUGUCGGAUUUUCAAGGCUUGGUGCAAGAAUGACAAUGAGCAGAACCAUUAAACUCUACAAGUUACAAGAUGCACCAGUUACUCCUGGAUUCAGGAAAAUGGAACCGUGUGAUGUCCCUGCUGUAACACGGUUGCUCAGGAGUUAUCUUAGUCAGUUUCUCGUUGCGACAGACUUUGAUGAGAAUGACGUUGAGCACUGGCUUCUCCCAAGGGAAGAUGUUGUGGACAGUUAUCUUGUAGAAAGCCCGGAGACCCAUGAUGUUACUGACUUCUGCAGCUUCUACACUCUUCCUUCAACAAUCCUCGGCAACCCCAAUUAUACAACACUGAAAGCUGCUUAUUCAUACUACAAUGUGGCCACCAAGACUACUUUUCUCCAGCUGAUGAAUGAUGCUCUAAUAGUCGCCAAACAAAAGGGUUUUGAUGUGUUCAACGCAUUGGAUGUCAUGCACAAUGAGAGUUUCCUAAAAGAGUUGAAGUUUGGUCCAGGAGAUGGGCAGCUCCACUAUUAUCUCUACAAUUAUCGUUUAAGAAGCGCCUUAAAGCCAUCAGAACUUGGGCUGGUGCUCUUAUGAGCUCAUGUAUCAUCUUCAUAGUCAAUUGGAAUCAGCAAGCUGGAGUUUCGGGUUUUUUUUUUCAUAUUUGUUCUCAAAACUUGUUUGCCUAUUUUCUUUCGUAUGAACCUCUUCUCCAACCUCCCUUGGGAUACUGAUGUGAAUUUAAUUUA